AGUAAAACAAACAAAAUAGCCGUGAAUUCGGUAAAAGAUAUUUAAAGGACUUCAGUAUCUCAGUUUCUCUCUUGCAGCAAAGGUACCCCCUGAAUGCAAUGCUGCAAAGUCAAUAACCUACCUCGUUUUGUUUUGUUUUUUAAUUAUGUUAGUAUCAGCCUAAAGCACUUACAAUCUUACAACACACCAAAUGUUUUCAGUGCUUUUAUAAAGUUUUCCGAUAAUAAUUGCUGCCUAUGUUAAACAUUUGUCUUCUGUAAUAAUGUGUGAGUAAUGAGUGCAUACUCAAACUUGAUAUUACUGCACAAGAGAAAUAACUCCACGUACGUCAUCGUCAUCAAUCCGAAAGAUGAUGACGCGUGUGAGAGGAAGGGAGGCAGGUUGUUGGGUGAACUAGUGUCUAGGGCUAUAUAAGGUCCACUCCCAAAGAGCGAAGAAGAAAAGAACACAAAGCAGACUGAUAGAAGCAGCUUUCCCAGUUUGAGAGUCUGCAAGAGCAUAUUCCUGACAGAGAAACAAGGAAGCGAGCGGGAUCUGCAGCACACAUCAGACCUGAGCCCAGCUGACUCCCACCUGUGCACCUCAAACCAGGCAGUUUAAUUUCAGGACAGGUGAGCAAUGCUCUGGAGACUGACUCUCGCCCUGGCUGUGGUGUGUGUCGGCAGCAUGUGCAGCUGUGAGAAUGCUGAUGUGAUGAACAGACUGAUCGUACCGAGGGACUAUGGGGUGAAACUGUGUGGGAGAGAGUUCAUCAGAGCGGUCAUCUUCACCUGUGGUGGCUCCCGGUGGAGACGGUCCACGGAGGGAGACUUGGAUCUGUUCCCGUGGAGUUCCCUCCCUGAUGUUAAAGUGGAGGAGAGUCAGCACACCUGGCAACGUGAUGCAGACCUCGCAGAAAACCACUCUCCUCUCCGCACUGCCUCCUCUUACUCCCUGGCAGACCUCUUGGCUCUUUACGGGUCCACAGGUGACAGACAGCAGCAGCAGCCACCGCUGAGUCUUCCCGCCCCUCUGGGGGACUCCCAUCUGUCCACAGCUGCAGGUGAGCAAGACGGGACCCCGGGUUCAGCUGACUGGAUCCUACCAAGCAAGAAGAAGAGGAACUUUUCACUUGGUGUGGCAGGGAUGUGCUGUAACCAGGGCUGCACCAAGAAUGAUAUUGGACGCUUGUGCUGAGGCAGGAAGCAGGGUGGGUGGGUGAUGGCACGAGCUCGAUCAUGGAGCCAUUAUGAUGAGCAGUAAUGGACAGUGUACAGAAAACGUCUGGUGUUGAUUAAGCUGUUCCCACUCGUGCUGUAGUGUACAAGAAAAACAUUCCCCCAGCUUCACGUCGUCUUCAUUCUCCUCUCUCCUUUGUUUAAUCCAUCUGUACGUAUUAUAUGUUGUUAUCUUUGUCAAUAAAUUUUAAAUACUGUAAUAUAUGA